AUGAAUUCCUCGUCCGCGUCGAGUGUUUCGGCCUCAGAGUCCGGCUGCUCUUCGCCCCGAAGUGACUUGUCAUUCCUGACUGCUCCUAGCCCAAUCCGCACGGAUGCUGACGGCCUGGAGCAUGAGGGUCACCUGUCGAUCCGCAUGCCCGAUCUUUUCGCCUCGGUCAUGGGCAUGGAGAAUCGAGUCAACCCGCACUACCAAAGGGUCAAAGCUCGAAGUGAUGCCGACAUUAAGCGGAUACUACGGCUGGAUGACAAAGUGGCGUUCAGGAAUUCAAAGGCCGACUUCGCGUUCCUCACUGCCUCAUGGAUUCCCGAUGCCACAGAGGAUGCCUUGUACGUGAUACAAAUAUGGCAAGAAUGGGUCUUCUUCUUCGAUGACCAAUUUGAUGAGGGCCACCUCAGCCAGAACCCGCUAAAAGCUGCGGAGGAAGUGGUUGAGGCCCUUACUGUGCUCGACACCAGUUACCCGAUCCUCACAGAGGAGAGCGCAUCGCUGGCAUAUCUCCUCCAAAAGGUUUGGCUCGAGUUCAAGAAGACGGCUUCAGCAGAGCACCAAUACCGCUUCAAGUUCUACCAUAAGAAGUACAUGAUUGGCCUCCUACGACAGGUCACAGCCAACAUCUCGGACGUCGACCACGUGAGCCGCAGCUUGGACAGCUAUGUCGAGUACCGGCGGGACACAAUCGGUGCCGAGGCACCUUACGUCAUGAUGGAGUACGUCUCUCACCGCACAGAGCUCACUUCGGACUUCGACGUCAAGCACAACAUCGUCAACGUCCUCUGCUCCCUCCCCGCGUCCAGCGGCGGGGUAUCCACGAUCCAGCAGGCCAUCGACAAGGCCAGCGACAUGCUCGACGAGCGGUACGCGACCUGGCUCGCCGCCGUCGCCGCGCUGCCCUCACCGCCUGCCCCGGGAUCUGUAACAGACGACGGACGGUGCUACACCGAGAAGGAGCAGCAGCAUGGUGGCGACGGCGAACUUCAGGAUAAGUGGUGGGGUCCCGAGAUCGACGCGCAGGUCAGGACUUUGCUGGAGCUGUAUAUCCGGAUUCCGAUCGGGACUUUACACUGGAGUUUCCGAUCCGGACGGUACUUUGGAGAUAAGGGCCAGGAGGUCAGGGAGACGAGGGUUAUGAGGCUGAAGAUGAAACAAUAG